GCUCAGACCUCGUGUUCUUUGGCUGUGAUCCUGAGACUAGGAUUAUUCCCGAACAUAAUUUACUGGGAUACAUCGAAAGCUGACAGUCCAUCAACCCGUUGUUGGGCGUUUCUACCGUGACUAUAUGGGGUAGGAACUCGACUUCUAUCAUGUCAAUCAGUGGACCUUGUGUCUGGUUGUCCUCGUUGUCACCUCCAUCUACAUCUCCUCUGUCUGCAAUUACGAAUCACUGGCAGGCACCGUUCUGGAACAGUGAGCAGAUCCCAUCGAGAUCAAGGGUAGUCCCUUCGAGGUUACCCGGAUCGUGGGAGAAACCGGCCGACGUGGCCAGGGCGCCUUCUACCGCCAUGCAACCGGUCGUGCUCAAGGCUGAAAAUGCCUUCCCAGCUGCGACCUCCCCAGGUGCAUCCGCUCAUGUCCGGUAUUCUGGGGGAGAGAUGCCCUUAAGCAAUUCAGAAAACCGAAAACCAGAAGCGGAGGGAGAUUCGUUGGCACGGAUGAGAUUGGAUAAACUCAAUCACAGCGAACCCGCUCUUUCCACGCCACGUGCUGCUAUGAGCCCCAGCGCCCACAGGGAAAUGAGUCCUGAUCUCAGAAAGAACGAGCAAGAAGAGAUGCAGGAUUACGAGAAGGACCAUGGAGAUGCCAUGGCGGCCUCGUCCGAUGAAGGAGCAGGAUCAUCGACGGAAAAGCGGGCGUCAUCAGAUGCGAAGACGGAGAAGAAAAAGAUGAAACGAUUCCGCCUGACGCAUAAUCAAACCCGGUUCCUCAUGAGCGAAUUUACCCGUCAAGCCCAUCCCGACGCUGCUCACCGAGAACGAUUAUCGAGGGAGAUUCCGGGACUGACGCCUCGCCAAGUUCAGGUUUGGUUCCAGAACAGGCGUGCAAAACUCAAGCGGCUUACAAGCAAUGAUCGGGAGCGCAUGCUUAAGUCGAGAGCGUUGCCGGAUGAUUUUGACACAACUCAAGUGCUCCGCACGCCUUUCGACGGCAAGACAUCCGAAACACCGAUGCUACUCACGGACGGCUUACAACGAAUGAACGAUGACGACUAUGUGAUCUCUCCCCUGAGCUCGACCUCCACAACGGGGAACGGCUUCUCAGCUGCAGCCGACAGACAUUUGGAGGGCUAUCCGCCAUCUGGACCAGGGGCAGGUCGGGGUCCCCCGGCGGCGCCCAUCCCGGACCUUCAGAGGAACAACCGGGGGCCCUUUCCCUUUCCUCGAUCGAGCAGUUUUUCAGAAUCCUCAUUCAAUACCGGACUGCACUUCCCGGGCCGUUUUUCGAGACCGGGCGAGCCUCUCAACCACCCGAGCAUGCCCUAUGCGCGGCGCCCGUUGGAUUUUGGAAUGAACCGGUCAGCUAAUGGGAUGAUUGUGGGAUACGAUCACCAUCGGCCGUUGGAGGGUUCGGUAUCGCCAACCGGCCCCCCGGAACAUUCCGUUCCCUACCAUGUAGACAGUCAUAACCAGCAAGCACACAAUUAUCAGCCUCCGCUUACGAUGCCUGCGCCCAAGGGAUUUGGCGGGAUGGAAAUAAACUCACAGAUGCAAUCCCAUGGACGACACAUGCCUUCGCUUCAUUCCGUACCCGUCUCGGACUCCUCGGACUAUCGGCCAUACCCUUACGAACACCAUCCCUACGGCAUGAACACGGCCAUUCCCUUCACUCAGGCCAAUGCUUCUAGCAUGAGUCUUCCUGCGUCAUUCCCGCCGGAACCGAGCAACGUGGGCCAUGGAACUGUCGGCAGUGCAUCUGAUGACCGGAUGGCCAACCCCCCGCAGAUCUUGGAUCCCCUGCGAGCCAAGUUUGGGCAGCAGCCAUUUGACUAUGCCAAUUAUCUAUAAAAUUAUGCCCUUCAGCUUGAGAGUUCGGGCUUCUUGCUUUUCCUCUGGACAUUCUUUUGAUCUGCUCCGUUUUAUCCCCAUCUCUCCGUCCCUCCCCCUCCUUUCCACCCUCUCUCUCUCUCUCUCUCUCUCUCUCUCUCUCUCUCUUAUUGCAUUUAUCGCUCCUGGAACCCUUUUCGUUGUUCCCCCUCUUGCAUAUUGUCUAAUCACC